GUGGGUGGGUGCAGUGCUGGGUCGCAGCGUGUGUCCAGGCCCUUUUUGCCCGAUUGGGCCCUAGAGCGUUUCGAGAGCGCAGGCUGGAUUCUGGCGCCAACCCGACCAGGAUGAGGCUAAGGAGUAAGUACUGGAUGCAUAAAAAGCACUGUGCUUUGGUUCUUUUGGAUUUGGGAUUUGGGAUUUUCAUCCAAGGGAAAGGAAUCUGCGGAAGAAGCACGCGCGACGAGCAACAGCAACAGUCAGGUAACUAUAGCAGCGGAAUUAUGAUCCCCAGUAGAUGCACCUGCAGAAUUGGCGCAGGACUGUCUGUCUGGAAGGGAUCACCACCAUCUGGGUCUAUCUAUUCUUGUCUGUCACUUUGGAGAGGGUUCAUGUUCCGCAUUGCCUCAGAAAAAGAGGGGCGUGAGAGUGGUUGUUUUAAUUGUUUGAUACCCAGCUUGAAGGUUCUCAUGGUGGUCUGAACUUUUUUUUUUUCUUUUUCAUUUUUCCUUUUCUCUUGUUCUUCCUUCCUUUUCUUCCCACCACUACUACCUAUUUGCCCAUUCCUCAGACAUCGGCAGAG